GGCGAGCCACGCCAGGCCGCACAGCGGAGGAGGCACGUGCGGAGCCACGGGCCCCGAACCCCGGGACCCAGCCCGGAUCCACCGACGGAAAGAGGGGUAGGCCGCAGGUUCGCUUCUGCUCCGACCCGCUCUUCUCACGGAGGUGGUUCUCGGUCAGAGAUCGUGGCUUUUACCUUUGCACACACAGCUUUUCCAGCGCCCUGAGCCUCCGUGUUCCAUUGCAAGGAAGAGUGAGCAAGUGUAGACCAGCACGCGCGUUCUGCCGCCUCCCGGAUAUAACAUGGUGGAGAGCAGACAUCUGGCUUUUUGUUCGCGGUCUGCAUGGCAAGAGCAGUACUUGGUGGGAUGAACAUCUUUCUGCAGAAAAUGUUCCAUUUGUUAAGCGGUUAGUCUCUGAAGAAGAUAAAGCCCAGUUGGCAAGUAAACUGUGCCCUCUGAGAGAUGAGCCCUGGCCUCUGCACCCUUGGGAACCAGGGUCUUGCAGAGUUGGCCUUAUCGCUGUGAAGCUGGGCAUGAUGCCGUUAUGGACCAAGGAUGGUCAGAAGCAUGCGGUCACAUUACUUCAGGUACAGGAUUGUCAUGUCCUCAAAUACACUUCAAAGGAAAACCAUAACGGAAAAAUGGCAGCCCUGACUGUAGGAGGAAAAACUGUGUCACGUUUCCAUAAACCUGCAUCUGUGCUGGAAUUUUACCAGGAACUUGGACUACCUCCAAAACAGAAAGUUAAGAUCUUCCAUGUAACCGACAACGCUAUCAUCAAACCAGGGACGCCCCUUUUUGCCGCUCACUUCCGCCCAGGACAGUACGUGGAUGUCACAGCCAAAACCAUCGGAAAAGGUUUUCAAGGAGUCAUGAAGAGAUGGGGAUUUAAAGGCCAGCCUGCUACUCACGGUCAGACGAAGACCCACAGGAGGCCUGGCGCCAUCUCAACUGGCGAUGUCGCCAGAGUGUGGCCGGGAACCAAAAUGCCUGGGCAGAUGGGCAACGUGGACAGGACGGAGUACGGGCUGAAGGUGUGGAGAAUAAACACCAAGCACAACAUCAUCUAUGUAAACGGCUCUGUCCCUGGACAUGAAAACUGCUUAGUAAAGGUCAAAGACUCUAGGCUGCCUGCAUAUAAGGAUUUCUGUAAAAAUCUGCCCUUCCCUACGUACUUUCCCGACGGGGAUGGAGAGGAGCUCCCAGAAGAUCUGUAUGAUGAGGACGUGUGGCAGCCCGGCACCCCGUCCAUCUCGUUUUCCUGACGUCACGGCCAUGGCAGGCAGAGUUGGGCGGGAGCCGCGAGGAGCCAGAACAGCGUGCAGCCCAGGGUGCAGCCCCUCUGCUGCUAGCAACACCACGCCCUGUGUGUUUGUCCAGAGCAUGAGGAAGUGGCUCACCCCCACUGAGUUCUGUUAGAGAAAUUACCACAUUAAACAGACCAGCUUAGGCUGGAUCUGUUAAAACUAGC